AUGGCAUUUGGAUCGAGUAAUAGCAGCAGAUGGCUGGUUCCAUUGGCGGUGAUCUUCUAUGCAUUGUUUGUGGUAGUGUUGCCAUUCCAAAACUCUGGUCAUGGCUCCAGAGCUCUAGCCAGAGCAGAAGAAGCUGAACAGUACGGCACUGUUAUUGGUAUUGACUUGGGUACUACGUACUCUUGUGUAGCAGUGAUGAAGAACGGUAAAACCGAAAUUUUGGCCAAUGAGCAAGGUAAUAGAAUUACACCCUCUUAUGUAGCAUUUACUGAUGAGGAGAGACUAAUUGGUGAUGCAGCAAAGAAUCAGGUUGCUGCUAAUCCAACAAAUACGAUUUUCGACAUCAAGAGACUUAUUGGGUUAAAAUUUGAUGACAGAUCAGUUCAAAAAGACAUGGAGCAUCUGCCUUUCAAGGUUAUCAACAAGAAUGGUAAACCAGCAGUUGAGGUUGAGGUUAAAGGUGAAAAGAAGGUUUUCACCCCAGAAGAAGUUUCUGGUAUGAUUUUAGGUAAGAUGAAACAAAUCGCUGAGGAUUAUCUAGGUAAGAAGGUCACUCAUGCGGUCGUUACGGUCCCAGCAUAUUUCAAUGAUGCUCAAAGACAGGCUACAAAGGAUGCCGGUACCAUUGCAGGCUUAAACGUUUUAAGAAUUGUCAAUGAGCCAACUGCUGCCGCUAUUGCUUAUGGUUUAGAUAAGACCAAGGAUGAACAUCAAAUUAUCGUUUACGAUUUAGGUGGUGGUACAUUCGAUGUUUCAUUGUUAUCCAUUGAAAACGGUGUGUUUGAAGUGCAAGCAACUGCUGGUGAUACACAUCUUGGUGGUGAAGAUUUUGAUUAUAAGAUUGUUCGUCAAUUGAUCAAGACUUUUAACAAAAAGCAUGGUAUUGAUGUUAGUAAUAACAACAAAGCUUUAGCCAAGUUAAAGAGAGAAGCUGAAAAGGCAAAACGUGCAUUAUCUAGUCAAAUGUCUACUCGUAUUGAAAUCGAUUCAUUUGUUGAUGGUAUUGAUUUGAGUGAAACUUUAACAAGAGCUAAGUUUGAAGAAUUGAAUUUAAGUCUUUUCAAGAAAACUUUGAAACCUGUUGAGAAAGUCCUAGAAGAUGCUGGCUUGGAAAAGACUGAUAUUGAUGACAUUGUUCUUGUUGGUGGUUCAACUAGAAUUCCAAAAGUUCAACAACUAUUGGAAUCAUUCUUUGACGGAAAGAAAGCCUCUAAGGGUAUUAACCCAGACGAAGCUGUAGCUUUUGGUGCUGCUGUUCAAGCUGGUGUUCUAUCAGGUGAAGAAGGCGCUGAGGAUAUUGUUUUAUUGGAUGUUAACCCAUUAACUUUAGGUAUUGAAACCACAGGUGGUGUUAUGACAUCCUUGAUUAAAAGAAAUACUGCAAUUCCAACAAAGAAAUCACAAAUAUUUUCCACCGCUGUAGACAAUCAACAAACCGUGAUGAUUAAAGUAUUCGAAGGUGAAAGAGCAAUGGUCAAGGACAACAACUUACUAGGCAAUUUCGAAUUAACUAGUAUUCCACCAGCACCAAGAGGUGUUCCACAAAUUGAAGUCACUUUUGCCCUAGAUGCAAAUGGUAUUUUAAAGGUGUCUGCAACGGAUAAAGGUACCGGUAAAUCUGAAUCCAUCACCAUUACCAAUGAUAAAGGUAGAUUAUCACAAGAUGAUAUCGAUAGAAUGAUUGAAGAAGCAGAAAAAUUCGCUUCGGAAGAUGCAUCAUUUAAGAAAAAGAUUGAAUCAAGAAAUAAAUUAGAGAAUUACGCUCAUUCAUUAAAGAAUCAAGUCAAUGCGGAAUUAGGCGAAAAAUUAGAUGAUGAAGAUAAAGAAACCUUGUUAGAUGCUGCCAGCGAUGUAUUGGAAUGGUUAGAUGACAAUUUUGAAACUGCAAUGAGUGAGGAUUUUGAUGAAAAAUUCGAUGAAUUGUCCAAGAUUGCAUACCCAAUUACAUCAAAAUUAUAUGAAAAUGCAGGAGGUGAGGGUGCCUCUGAUGACUACUUUGAUGAUGAAGAAGAUGAUGAAGAUUACUUUGAACACGAUGAGUUGUAA